UGACGGAUGAGUACUUCACAUUUUAUUUUAGGGUUUAGAAUCCUUCAGCCGCAAAGGGUUGCUUAAAACCCUAGAGAGGAGACAACCGAUUUCUCUUCCAGCGUUCCUGCAGAGGUUGGAGACCAGAUCUGUUCUCUGCUUAACGGAGAUAUGGCCCCCAAAAGAGGUGUAAAGGCCCCAGUAGCAGCCAAGAAGAAGCCUGAAAAGGUUGCUAAUCCUUUGUUUGAGAAGCGGCCAAAGCAAUUUGGGAUUGGUGGUGCACUACCACCAAAAAGGGAUUUGCAUAGAUUUGUCAAAUGGCCAAAGGUUGUUCGUAUUCAGAGACAACGGAGGAUUCUGAAGCAACGUUUGAAGGUUCCACCUGCAGUAAACCAAUUCACAAAAACACUUGACAAGAACCUUGCUACUAAUCUGUUUAAGAUGCUGCUCAAGUAUAGACCAGAGGACAAGGCUGCUAAGAAGGAAAGACUUCUUCUGAGGGCACAAGCUGAAGCUGAGGGGAAGACUGUGGAGUCGAAGAAGCCCAUUGUUGUCAAAUAUGGACUUAAUCACAUUACUUAUCUCAUUGAACAGAACAAGGCUCAGCUGGUGGUUAUUGCUCAUGAUGUUGAUCCCAUUGAGCUUGUUGUGUGGCUGCCUGCUUUGUGCCGGAAAAUGGAGAUCCCAUAUGCAAUUGUGAAGGGGAAGGCUCGUCUGGGAGCGAUUGUGCACAAAAAAACUGCCACAGCUUUGUGUUUGACAUCAGUGAAAAAUGAAGAUAAGUUGGAGUUCAGCAGGAUUGUAGAGGCAAUUAAGGCUAACUUCAAUGACAAAUUUGAUGAGCACCGCAAGAAGUGGGGUGGUGGCAUUAUGGGUUCCAAGUCUUUGGCCAAGACCAGAGCAAAGGAGAGACUUUUGGCCAAGGAAGCGGCACAAAGGAUGACUUGAAGUAUUAGAAUUGACUGUCAUAUAAACAGAACCAUAGGAUCUGUUUUGGUUCCUGCUUUUGAAUUUGUUGACUGUUGCCAUUGUAAUUUGGUAUUGGUUUUGUAGCUACUAUCUAGCACUUCUAUUAUUGCUUUUAUUUUGACAAAA